UCGUUGCCACCAGCGCUCAUCCGCUCUAUGCUGCGCGUGCUCUAAGAUUUCAGCAGUCGGUGGUUUUAAACUUGACAUACAUUGUUGUUGUGUAAAAGUUGAUCGAGCAUUAUCAAUUCUGUUUUGUGUCUCUCUACUAUUCUUACUGCUUGGUCUAGGAAGUAAAAGUGGCUUAAAUGUAGACUAGCUUUCUAAGACUUGGAUAUAUAUUUUCUACAAUCUUACAAUGGAACUUUUUGUUUAAGGAUGUAGCUUUUUUCCCCUACUAUUUCUAAUGUUGAUUGUGUGUAGACCCUGAUGGAAAACGAAUGCGCCAUUUUGGAGAAGCCAAUUAUCAGCGAGGCAGUUCAAUAUAUUCUGUGUGAUAAUUAGUAGUGUUUGAAUGGAUGAAUAUAUUUGUUAAAAAUGGAUUUACGACAUUUUGUGUGAGUUUCUUGUAUUAACUCAUUCAUUGGGACUAAAAGACGAAUCAAAUUCUAUCAGCUUGUUGACAGCAGGCUGUAAUUUAUUUAUUGUUGAGUGUAAAAUUACUGACUGUCCAAAAUGAGUAACGAUCUAGAAGCUUUGCGGCAGGAAACAGAACAGUUAAAAAAUCAAAUUAGAGAAGCCAGAAAAGCUGCAGGCGACACAACUUUAGCACAAGCAUGCAGUGGUGUAGAAGCUGUUGGAAGAAUACAAAUGAGGACCCGGAGAACACUUCGAGGGCAUCUUGCAAAAAUAUAUGCGAUGCAUUGGGCCUCAGAUUCUAGGAAUUUAGUUUCAGCUUCACAAGAUGGCAAACUUAUAGUUUGGGAUGGUUACACAACUAAUAAGGUUCAUGCCAUCCCACUUCGCUCAAGCUGGGUGAUGACUUGUGCCUAUGCUCCCAGUGGCAACUUUGUGGCUUGUGGAGGUUUAGACAACAUAUGUUCAAUUUAUAGCCUGAAAACUCGGGAGGGAAAUGUUCGAGUCAGUAGGGAGCUUCCAGGACAUACUGGAUAUUUGUCUUGCUGUAGAUUCAUUGAUGAUAACUCAAUUGUUACUAGUUCAGGAGAUAUGAGUUGUGCUUUAUGGGAUAUAGAAACUGGACAACAGACAACUUCCUUUACUGGACACACAGGGGAUGUUAUGAGUCUAUCGACAUCUCCUGAUUUUAGGACCUUUGUUUCAGGGGCUUGUGAUGCAUCAGCUAAGCUGUGGGAUGUACGAGACGGGAUGUGCAAGCAAACAUUUUCAGGCCAUGAGUCAGAUAUUAAUGCAAUUACUUAUUUUCCGAAUGGGCAUGCAUUUGCUACAGGCUCAGAUGAUGCUACAUGCCGCCUGUUUGAUAUUCGUGCUGACCAAGAGAUUGGCAUGUAUUCCCAUGAUAAUAUCAUCUGUGGCAUCACGAGUGUGGCCUUUUCCAAAUCUGGCCGCCUUCUGCUGGGCGGUUAUGAUGAUUUCAAUUGUAAUGUCUGGGAUGUGCUCAAGCAGGAACGCAUUGGUGUCCUAGCAGGUCAUGACAAUCGCGUAAGCUGUUUGGGAGUCACCGAAGAUGGCUCUGCUGUAGCCACAGGAUCUUGGGAUAGCUUUUUGAAGAUAUGGAACUGAUGUGGUUGUGGCCUUUCUAGCCACACUGUCAGUGUCAGUUUUCACCACCUGUCACAUCACGCACUCCAAGCUGUCAUUUUUGUCGCAUACUUUAGAUUGUAUUACAAAUUUCAGUUUAUCUAGCUGAUUUUCUCAAUUCAGAGUAAGCUGCACUACAAAAUCAUUAGGUUAUCUUGAUGCACUCACAUAGAUACAUGAGACUUUUUACAAAAAGAACAGAAAAUACUUAUAAAAUUACACAAAUGAACUGAUUUGGAGACUUCUGCAUUGUGCAUAUUUCUGAUGAUUCUGUCUGGCAGUGUGUUUUAGUAUGAUUUUUUUUUGUUGAAUAUUUUUCACUUGAGUUCUUUUAAACUCCCUUGUUCAUUUCACCAUUUAUUUAACAAGGGCUAAGAAAGCACAUUAUUCACUAAAGGAAGAAGAGGAUGUUUUUUCAUUCUUACAAGAAUGUAUUCCGAGUAUGCUUGUAUGCUUGAUGAAACUUUGUUGGUAAGAACUGCAAGAUGUUUGCUACACAGUCCAAUUCUUGACCAGUCAGACUAUCCAUUGUUCAACCUUGGUAAUGUCUUCUUGUCAACAUUGUACUAAAGAAUGGAUUGCUCAUAGCAUAAUCAUAAUGCUUAACUAGUUUUCUUAGAAUAACAGAUUUCAUGUUGUGGAAGAAAAAAGACAGGCCAUGUUAGCCGGCUAUAACUAGCAGGUCUGAGUUCAUCAGUAUAUCUAUACUAUAAAACAAAAUUAAAAUUGAUGUUAGAGGAUGAGAAUGGCAAGAAAUCUUUGCUUUAGUUUUGCUCCCAUGGUAUUAGUAUUCAAUAAACAGUUAUGAUAUCUGAGCCAUGUGACACAAUGCGACUUAACAGUGACUUACCUGCCUAGCUGUAAGUGAUGGUGAUGUGCUUGAUGAUGGGCUGCCUCGGUGGAUUCUUUGAUUUCUCCAUUCAUUUUUAAAGAACAUCCAUGUGUUUUUUUUGUUUUUGUUUUGUUUUGUUUUGGAUACCAUUCUAAUUAAAUCAGUGUCUAGCUUGAAUGCUUGAGACUGUAAAACCAGAAUGUGAUGACUGACAGAGAAUCUGCACUUUUGUCCUAGUAGAGUCUAGUUUAUUUUAAUAAGACUUUUUACUUCAAAAUUGAUUUUGCAUUAUCUUCAAAUGACUAGAAAGCCAUUUAUAUAGUAACAAAUGUUGGUAUGAAUAUAGCUGGCACCAUUUGUAAUGGUGGUCUUGAUUGUCCUUUGACAUUGCAUGAAAUUUUUUUUUUUAAUAAAAAUACAAGAAGUUUUUGAAAUGAUAUUUUACAAAAAGAAAUUGCUUACUGCAUUAUAACCUAUUUUUGGAAUCAAUGGUACUGACUUUUUACAAACAUUUUUUUUUAGUAGUGUGUGUAAUGUGGGGGCAAUUUGUUUGUGUUACCAUGUCAUUGAAUUAUUCCAGUUAUUCCAUCCCUGGACUAGCUCAACUGAUUAAUGGAGUUUUUAAAAAUCCUUCAAUUGUACCAAAUAGUUAUCUAGUCCUUGACAUAUCUGUGAGUAGAGUUGGACAUUGGAUUUCCCCUACUUUUGUGUCCAUAUGUAAUGGUUGUAUGCUGAAAGUAUUGAUCAUGAAAACUAUUAGACAAAUAUAUGCACUUUUACCAUGCUAGUGUUUUUGUGUGUCUGAGAGACUGUGUGGUAGGACCAGACAUUAUAGAAAUAUAACUUGUGUAAACUGCAUUUUAUGUUAGUGUGUUUAAUAUAUAUUUAUGUAUUGCCUUUAUCUUCAUUUGAUUUUUUUCUCUCCCAUGUUCAUUCUGAGUGGUUCCAGAACUUUCAAUGCCUGUAUGAAAUAUUCACUACACUAUACUUAGGUUUAAUUUCUGUUUAACACAGCAAUGUUCAGUCAGUUUUGACUAUCAUUUACUUCAAUCACAAUACUUUCAAGACUGUCCUUUGUUCUCAUUUCUUUAUUUGAAGAACAAGUUGAUCUGACUUUUUGAAUGGAUACUAUUGUCCUUAACAUUGUACAUAUAUGAAUGGAAUGUUUAAUUUAAAGAUAAUGCAUUUUGUCCCCAUUACUUUUUUUUUCUUCUCAUUAUAAACUAUUUUAUGCUGUGCAAAGCACCUCUAGUAAUUAAAAAAUGUCAAAAGAUCCAUUCUUAAACUAGAGCACCACAUGGACUCAUGACUUCAAUUAAUUUGAAGUUGAAGGUCAUCCCUGAGUGUGUUGUGAGUGUCCAUUAGAAAUUCUUGUUCAUAUAUUUACUUGGAAUGUUUGUAUAAAUUGUUUUUUAUUUAUUCUCAUUUUUUUUUAAAUUUGAUUAGAUGUUUUCUAAAUUAGAUAAAACCUUAACCAAUUUUGAAAAAAAACAACAAAAAAAAAAAACAUCAUCAUCCAAGGACUAGUUUUUGGAAAUGGUUCACUCUGUAACUGUUGUUGAUCAUACUUUGCACUUUAUUUUUACAGUGGUGUCUUUGUGUGUAUGUGUCCAGUACAGUGUGUGUCUUACAGACUCUACAAGUAUGCUCUGAAUGUGGCCUGUUAAUACCUUACAUAUGUUAAAGGCUUUUUUUUUUAACUUUGUAAGUGAACGUGAGAGAGUGUAUUUUUAGUGUGGUGUAUUGUGUACAUGUUUUUUUUCUUGCUUUGUCCAAUAUUUGUUUCUGGUCAAAGUUAUUAAACAACUUUUUUUUUAAUUAGACAUAAUCCCUGAAAAGUUUUCACUAAGCUGUUAGCUAGUUGAAAUAGUCCUGGUAAAAUUUACUUUUAGGAGAGACUUAAUGGAAACUUCAAUAAAAAAUGCCACCAACAGAUUAAAAUAAAGAAAACUCCAACAGUGAGAGACAAUUGUUACCCUCAGCCUUUGUAAUGUUUAGUCUAGUUGGAUAUUUGGCCCGAAUGUUGCUCAUUCACUUUCUUUAAGCAAAGUAGGUCAAUCAUGUAUUAAGCAAUGAUCUCCAUAGUAUUGUUCUAUUUUCAUAAUUUUCUCUCAGCAAGUUGGAUGCACUCACCCUAGUUAGUUGUUAGUCCCAGCAAGCAGUGAGGUGCUCCUCCCAUCAGCACUGGGAUGAACUUUGAUCCUGUUGUAUUUCUGACUCUACCAGGAAGAGACAAACACAAAUGUUCUUGCAAACAUUGCAUCCAUAUGUUGGUGGUUCUCUAGUUUGGGUCUGUGUUGUUGUAGCAGAGGUGUGCGUGUCUUUGAGAGUGUCUGUAAGUUGUGCUCAUUGAAUGUGUUAAAUCACUUUUUUUUUGUUUUGAGUGUCACAGUUUGAUAUUUGCAUGUUUGUUUUUGUUUUCUUUGGUCUACUGUCAACUCCUAAAUGAUUGAUGAUAAAUUAUGUAGCUUUCUACCGCAGACAUUGUCUCCCAAUGGGAUGGUUAGGCCAAUGACUCACUUGUACAACAUUCUCUUUAUUGACCUUUUUAGUUCUCUUGAUCAUUUUCUACACAAGGAGUAGGCACUGUGGUUUCAUUAUUUGCUUGCUUGCCAGUCUGUCUGACUAAUUCAUGUAAUCUACCUUUUUAUGUAGUGUUUUUCCACCAUUGAUCGAAAUAACAUUUUCUUUCUCGUUUUGUUCUCUAAGUUCUCUGUGUUCCAUAAGAACUAUUGAUCCUAGGGUUCUCUCUAUGGGAAGGCUGUUGCAAUAGUUCAACUUAGUGUGGAAGUUUGAUCUCUAUAAUCCAAUUGUAGUCAGAUUUCAAACCAAAAAGUACCAACUGUGGGAAGAGAUCACUGGUCAAGUUUUGCUACGACUAACUUCUGAUUGCCAUGCCGAUUAUUUGUAGAAGCUGCCAUUCCUUAGGAUGUUUGAUUUUGAGUGCAAUAGCUCCUUUCCUGUGAUGAAACUAAAGAUUCCCAUCUCAAUAAACGAGCAAGAUUUUUGACCCAAUUCCUGGAAUGGCAGCCCCCAAUUCUCUGUGUGUAUAUCUAUUUGGUAUGAACUAGAGCAUCUGUCUAUGUAUCUCUCCUCUACUGAGUCAAUGUACAAGUCAUUUCAUUGGUCAAAUAAAGCUAUUUGUCUUUAUGGA